UAAUUUUUGUUGCUCGCAUUUUUUAAGUUUGUAAGUAAAUUUUAUCGAAAUUAAAAUGACUAUUGUGUCGCCAUAUGUGGAAUCUAUGAGAACUCACUUUCAAAACAACAAUCGUAUUAGAGAAUACCAAGCACAUUCUUCUAAAGUACAUUCUAUCAACUGGAGUGCCGACGGUCGACGACUGGCUUCUGGAAGUUACGAUAGAACUGUUUGUCUUUUCGUUCUUGAGCGAGACAGAUUGAGUAAAGAAUACACUUUUAAAGGUCAUGGUGAUAGUGUUGAUCAACUUUGCUGGCAUCCAACAAACCAAGAUCUCCUUGCUACUGCUAGUCUUGACAAAACAGUUAGAAUUUGGGAUGCAAAGUUUCAAAAGUCUAUUGCAACAGUUCAGACUAAAGGAGAGAAUAUCAACAUAUGCUGGUCUCCAAAUGGGCAGACAAUUGCGGUAGGAAACAAAGAAGAUUUGGUUACAUUUAUUGAUGUUAGAACUCACAAAAUAAUUGCUGAUCAACAAUUCAAGUUUGAGGUCAAUGAACUGUCAUGGAAUAAUGAUAAUACUUUUUUUUUCCUCACAAAUGGUCAAGGAUGCAUUUACAUUUUAUCGUACCCUGAUUUGCAGAUUAAGCAAAUACUAAAUGCUCAUCCAGCAAAUUGUAUUUGCAUUGAGUUUGACAAAUCUGGGAAAUAUUUUGCUACCGGUAGUGUAGAUGCACUUGUAAGUUUGUGGGAUGUUGAAACCUUGGUUUGUGUAAGGACAUUCUCACGAUUGGAAUGGCCAGUUCGUACCAUUAGUUUCAGUCAUGACAGUUUAAUGUUGGCAUCUGCAUCUGAAGAUCAUAUUGUAGAUAUUGCUGAUGUUAAAACAGGAGAAAGAUUAGCUGAAGUACCUUGUGAAUCUCCAACAUUCACUGUGGCAUGGCAUCCUAAGAGAUACCUUUUAGCUUUUGCAUGUGAUGAUAAAGAUAAGCACAUGAGAGAAAGAGAUGCUGGCACUGUAAAAUUAUUUGGACUCCCCAAUGAUAUAUCAUAAGGUUUUCUAUUUGGAUUGCAAUAUUUGUUAUACUGAACUCAUCUGUACAUUUCAUUUGUCAUAAGGAGCUUUUUUUAUUAUCAUUAUUAUUGCUGUUUAAUACCACAUCAACGGAUGCAUCAAUUUUGCUCAAAACACGCUACAAAAACUCGAUAUUUUUAGAUAGUUGUUUCAAUAAUUUAAUACAAUGCAAUUAAAAUGGCAGAUUUCAAGAAACUAUUUUAAAAUAAUUUUUAUCUCGGUGACUAACAUGUCUCAUAAGAUAUGUCCGUUACCAAGCCAAAAAAUUAAUAUUUAAAAAAUCAUCGCAUAUUAUAUCGCAUUAUAAAACUCAAGUUUAUGUUCUUUAUAUAAUUCAUCCUAAGAAACAAGGAUAUAACAUUUGAAUUCUUUGUGAGGUGUUUUGUGCAACAAAUGCACUUCCAUCAAAAUGAAAUUGCCUUGCUAUGACAUAUUGAUGUGCUUUUCAAGUUUUAGGACUCUAAGUAUCAUAAGUGCACCUAAGUGUAGUAACAAUAGGAUUUGAUACUUGUAUUCAAUGGCCACUACCAUUAUUUUGUUUAAAACCCAUAGUGCAUUGACUGCGAACUGAAAGAAUUCGUAGUAAAUAAAUUGGGCAAAUCUAGUAAAUUAUGAGUUAUGUGGUACGUCCUGGACUUGACUUUUGUCUGGCAGAUUUGAGUAGAAUGUAGGUUUGAUUAACGGUAUUUGUAUUUACCAAUGAGAAAUCUAAACUGUUUGACAAGUAAAAAAAUAUUUAUUUUUAAUGUUACAUUUCUUUUAUAUGGUAGUCAACUCUCUCAGUUCCGCUGAUCUGAAACGCACAAUAGCCUAACAUCCAUUCAAAAUAUGAGAUUUAAGGCAGGCUUAAUUUAAACAAAAGCUCACAGGAGCUCAGCUCUUGCCCUUCUUUUCAAUUUUAUGGGAAUUUUUGCAUAUUAGACGAAAGUUAAAACUAUUUAUGUAGGAAAAUAGGUUCUGAAGAAUAUAGAGCUCCUCUACACUACUUUUGUCAGAAAUUAAACCCAGGAUGUCGCCACCUCAGAGCAGCGGUAAAACAUCGAAUACCAGGAAUUACACUAAGAUAGCUUACUAAUGCUUUGAAGAGACUAUGUAAUUAGUAAUAUACAGGGUGUUCCGUUUUAACCUGCAAGACCUUUAUUUUCGCAACCGUUAGUCCUAAAUCUAUACUUUCAAUUGCAAAAAAUGGUCAGAGGCAGAGUUAAGAUAUUGUAAGUGUGAAUCAAAAAUAAAAAUGAGCCAAAAAAUACAAUAUUUAACUUUUUAUACGAGCCCCAGGUCCUCUAACUAAUAAUUAGAAAAAUAAUCUCCAUUGAAAACUAUUACUGACACAAAAAGCAUGACAUUUGUACGACCAAAACUCAAGGAGAUAUUCGAGUUUAAAGUUUUAAAAAGGGACCAUACAAAAGAUAAGAUUGGAAAUUAUCGCCCUUUCAUAGGAAUGUCAGGUUAUCGAAGUAAAUAAAAUAAGUAUCUAUAUUUUUCAUUAAUAUUCCAAAAUAAAUGCAAAUGUUAUGUCAUGAUACGCAAAAGCACACUGCAAAACCUUGAACAAUUUGAAAAAACACACUAUAUGCACGCAUAUAAUUUUAAACCCUUGUUAACUGCUGUAUUUUCCCCCAAAAGGUGUUAUUGAUGGCAAGUGUAAAGUGGUGUAAUUCACAAAACAUUGCGUUUCAUAGCUCGGUGAAUAUUGGUCAUACUAAUGUUGAACUUUUUCUGUUGGAAUGAUUUUUCAAUGGAGAAAAUUUCCCUAAAUAUAAGUAAGGGGACUUGGGGCCCAUAUAAAAAGUUACAUUUUGUAUUUGUUGAUUUAUUUUUACUUCAAACUUUCAAUAUCUUAACUCUGCAUCUGAUUUGGAAAAUUUUUGCUAUUGGAAGUAUACAUCUAGGACUAACGGUUGCGAAAAUUAAGGUCUUGCAGGUUGAAACGGAGUACCCUGUAUUUAAUUGAAUGCUUUAUUCAGGGAGUUUAGGAUAGAAAUAACAUUAUGAGUAUCAAAUAUCGAAAUAACUUUUUUAUUUUUAAGAUUCAAUUUGUGUCAAUAUAAUUUGAAUUAAAAAUCCAUGAUUUUCUUUUGCUAUACCCAACUGACAGAUUCCACUCUUAUAAAUCUGUCAUGGACACCGACUCUUUAUAUUUGCUAUAGUUCUGUUGCUAGGCAAUGGCUGUAGGUUGUUUGAUUAUUUUAAUUUCGAUUUUCAAAGGAGACCACUUGAUCAAACUUAAUGAUUCUAUACUCUCACUUCACUCGAAGUCUGAACUUGACCUAAAUUUAUAACUGAAGCACCGACCAUUAAACAGUUGUUAGAGCCAAAAUUUAAAUUUCAGAGACAAUAUUACAAAUUGUAGGGGAAAAUCUGUUUUUGGGAAAAAAUGGCAAUAGAAGCCCUGUUAGUUGCUGCUAUACAACAUAAUUUUUAAAAACAUUCAAUGAAAGCCUACCUAUGGUUUGAACUUUUUACUCAAAACUUUUAAAAAAUUGGUUACAUCCCUUUGCUUUACUCCAUCUCAAUUUAGAUUCUCUCUGAUAUGUCUAGAUUCUAGAACUAUAUAACAUAAAAAAUAAAAACUUUGAGUCCGUUGCAAAAACCAUAAGCAAACAAGAAUUGUUUGAAAAUUAAAAAUAAACAAAAGACAUGACUCAAAAUAUGUAUAAAAUUUGCUUUAUUUAUUAGCUAUAUAUUUCUUUCAUACAUUAGUUUUAUUUAUUUAUUUGAAAGUUCCUGUUUGAUUUGAAAGUUCCUGUUUGAUUCCAAACACGCGAACAAAUCAAUGACAAUUUUUGAAAUCUGCAAAAUUCUAAAAUCUGCAAAUUGCCUGGUUGCAAAUUAUAUGGGUUAGAGAGACUUGACUGUAUAGCUUAAAUCUUUUACUUCAUUAUAUUAUCAUCAUUCUUCAGUUAGAUUUUUAUGCAUACUAUUAUUAUUUUGCAUGAUUUGAACAAUUUGGUGUGAUUAAAUUUGACUAGCUUCUUUUACCUAAAAGCAGAAAGCAAUAUCCAUAUCCUAAUUAGGACCAGGCAUUACAAAAAUGUAUUGAAGUCGGUUUUGCUGGUACACUUGAGUUGCUCCUGACAUAUCUUGUGUAUUUUUUGAAGUAUUAUUUUGAAAUAUGUUUUUAUGCUGUAAUUAAGGAGAAAUUUAAACUGACAUUGAAGUGUAUUUAUACUAUUUUUUUUCCUCCUGAAAGUUAAAAAAAAAUAUGCAUUAUGUAUUAAAGAGGAGUGCUGAGGAGGAACAUUGGCCAUCAUUAAAAGCAAUUUUAAAAAAGAAAGAAAAUAAGAGAAAAAAAAAUACUAUGCUGCCUCCUAUUUGUCGAAUCAAUUAAAAUGUUCCAAAAUAAUAAUAAAAAAAAUUUUUUGGAAGUCACAAUGACUUUUAGUGACUUCCCAUGUCGGCGACCUGGGGGCAAUUUCUUUAGUUCGCCAGGGGCGCAGACCCCAUAGUUACGCUACUGCCUGCCAGAUCCAUAUAUAUUUAGCUUUGUCUAAGGAGUUAAACAUAGAGUUGAAUAUGGUCCUGCCAUCCAAAGCAGAGUUUAAUUUCAAACAAGAGCAGUGAGGGAUCCCUAAUCUUCAGAACUUAUUUUCCAUACUUGAGUAGUCUGAAUUACGUCUAAUAUGCAAAAAUUUCCAUAACAUUGAAAACAAGUACAGAAGCUGAGCUCUUGUUGGCUCCCAUGCUCAUGCAAAUUAAACUCUGAUUUGGAAGAUUAAUAUUCCAUAUUUUAAACAACCUUGAAGAUAGUUUUUCUGUAAUUUCAUAUUCGCUAAGUGAUGUUCUGUAUCAUAUGGUUAUUUAUUGCCAAAAUUUUGUAGUGUAUCUAAAUGUACUGUUUAUUUUUUACAAUUGUUCCCCCCCCCCCCAAUCUUAAUUUUAAAAAUGUGAGUAUUAUUUUAUGUAUUUUUUUUUUUUUUUUUUUUUUUAAACUUAACUAUGCAAAAUUUUAAUCUCAAAUGUGAUAAGUUUGAGGCUAAAAAUUUGAAUGCUAUUUCACACGUUCAGCUUUGAGAAAUAUUUAUUUUUUGACUUAUUUCCCAUCCUUUAUUGUUCAAGCAUAAUUGAGGCAAUGAGAAGCAAAGGGAUGUAAGUGGACAUUUUCAAGUUUUGAGUAAAAUGCGUUAAAAGAUAACAUUACAGGUAGGCUUUCAUUGAAUUUUUUUUAUAAACCAUGCUAUACAGCAACACCUACCAGGGCCACUAGUUCUACCUCUUGCCCCAAGACAGAGGAGAGGUUCUCCUACUAUUUGUACUGAUUACCUCCAAAUUUUUAAUUUUGCCACUUAUAUCCCUUUGUUUUUCACUGCCUCAAUUUUAAAAUUCUUACUUAUACUUUUUUGUGUGUGUGUGUGUUCCUCCUCUGACAUGAAUGCAAGUUUCCUAAAAGAGGUUUCGUAGUUCUUCUCUUGUUCAAACACCUAUAUCGGUGAAAUGUCAUCAAAAGGAAAUUUCUCUCUUACCAUUCCACGGGUAUACAAAGAAUAAAGCCCAUUUGCAAAUGAAAUUUGACUGCUCCCUUUACUUUUUCAUCAACAUCUUUUCUCUAGCUGUUUUUUGCAUGCAAACUUGUGUUGGGAGGGGGGGGGGAGAAUUAAUCAUACUAGAUUAAAAUGGAAACUAUGUUUAUUUUGUGACUAAUGAUUUCCAUGAUCCUUGUGAAAAUCAGUAACAUUUCAUUUUCUCAUAUUGAAAUUCUGAAAAGUACUUUAAAACUGAUAAAACACUGAAAUUUUAUAGUAAUAUCAAACAUAUUAAGAUUCAUUCUUGACCAAAACCAGUGGAAAAGUGUGUGUGUGUGUGUGUGUGUGUUUUUUUUUUUUUUUUACUUUCUUUUUUUUUUUUUUUUUAAUUUUUAUUUUGCACUAAAAAUAUGAGAAAAUAUUUCAACUGUGUUAAUCCCACCUCCGUUUUUUAGGGAAUUUGUGUUGGUUGUUUAAUGUUUCAUUUUUUUUAUUUUACAAUUUUUCAUUUGAAGAACAUUUGAAUGAUUUUCAAGAGAUUUUGAAAGUAUACAUUGUAUUUGAACUGAAUUUUACUAUUUGCAAUUUACUUUGUAUGCAAAUUAAAGUUGUGUAUUCAUUCAAGCAUGUCAAAUUUUAUUGAACUAAACUCAAGCUUUAUGGGAAAUAGCUGUAUUUGCAAUUUUAACAGUACAAUUUUUUAUAUACUGUAACAAUGUAUUUAGUGGCAUCUGAAUUGGAGAUAAGUAACAUUUUUGAAAACAUUAAAUUUAUUAAAGUUAAAUGUGCAAUUACUGUUUUUUCUAUAAUUUAUUUCAAAAAUUACAUUUUAUAUGUUAUUUUAUUGA